AAGCCUUUGUUCAACAUCUUUACUCUUUGCUAGUGAAUCAUUGACACAGAAGCCGACCAAUGGCAUCCGACGCAUACCAAAGCCGAGAGAGUAAGAUCAUGGCAACGCCAAUAUUGGAAAUGUUGUACGGUGGGCAAUCGCGAUCCCAUCCUUCACUCCUUAAGAAGACGGAAAGGCCUGUCUCAAUCUGUUUUUGAUCCAAUUCUUAAUCCCCCCGCACUUCUCCCCGAAAAGGAGUCUCAUCUCGCCAACCAAAUACAUCAUGGUUGUGAUGCCAGGACGAACCACACUGUUCGGACUCGUGCAGAUUGUCCUCUUGAUUCCCCAGUUUAUAAUCGCCACAGACGAAGCACCGCCACCCGACUUGGGACAGCAGCCGAUAUACGACGAUGGGCUCAAUCCAAACUCAUACAUGCGAGACAGCCGAGAUGACUUGGUUGUGAAGACUUCGCUCUUCACUGUCCAAGGGGCCGUAUCACCUGAAACUCCGAAAGUCCGACAAUUCCUAGGGAUACCGUAUGCCGAGUCCCCCGUGGGGAAACUGCGCUUUAGGCCGCCAGUGUCCCGAAGCGCAACCAACGAGGUGGUCGAUGCAACCAGGCAUGGUCCGUCCUGCCACCAACAUUCUCCUGCCAGCGCCACCCGAAGCUUGUUCUCCGAGCACCUUCCGGGAUUCGUGCCUGCCGAAAGCUCGACCCAGUCAGAGGACUGUUUGACGCUGGAUAUAUGGGCUCCGCGGCAGAGUCGGCAGAGUGAUGAGGAAUCGAAGAACAUUGGUGCUUCGGCAGUCAUGAUAUGGAUCCACGGGGGGGCCUUGAUGACUGGAGGCAGCUCGACGCCGUACGAGCGCGGUACGCGCCUUGUGGAUGGCCACGAAGACAUCAUCGUCGUCUCGAUUAAUUAUCGACUGAAUAUCUUCGGCUUCCCUCGUGCGGAAGCACUCGAUGGACACAAUCUCAACCCUGCCUUUUUGGAUAUCCGGAAGGGCGUCGAAUGGGUGUAUCAGAACAUUCACAAUUUUGGGGGAAACCCCAACCAGAUGGUCCUCUUUGGAGACUCUGCUGGAAGUUCAUCCGUGGACAAGUACACUUAUGCCUGGGCUCACGACCCCUUGGUCAGAGGUUUCAUUAUGAUGUCCGGCCAAGGCGAGAUAUCGGGGGAUCCCACAGACCACUCGAAUUUCACCUACGUGGCCGACCGGGUUGGUUGCGAGGGCGAUGACAAGGACGAGUUGUUCACCUGCAUGCAAGAAGUGGCGGCUGAGAAGAUCAUGGACGUCCUUAACCAGUACGAUCCCAAGGCAAACGGUGGCCGGAUGCUCAACUUCCAGCCACAAGCCGACAACGAGACGAGCUUCUCAAAUUACACCGAUCUCCAAGUUCGGGGGUUGUACGCACCAUUGCCCCAAAUAAUCGGCAAUUGUGACAAUGAAUUCACCUCUCUAUUUCAGCCGUUUACCGGAUCAGCCCCGGACCAAGAACUAAUCGAUAUGCUAUCGAAUGGCAUGUUUAUCUGUCCUGCGGCCAAAGCUGCCAGAGCUCGCCAGGAAAGAGGCACCCCCAUCUGGCGGUACCGGUAUUUUGGAGAGUUUCCAAACCUAAACCCUCUCCCGUGGCUCCGGACCUACCAUUCUAGUGAUAUCCCCAUGGUAUUUGGCACCUCGGACACAUAUGCUCCUGAUACCCCCGAGGGAUCCGCCGUCAGCAAAUAUCUUCAGUCUGUCUGGGUUGCCUUUGCCAAAGAUCCGGAACAUGCUUUGACAGAGCAGUUCAACUGGCCGCCGUACGUCGAAACCGAGGAGACGCUGGUACGUCUGGGAUGGGAGAACUCGGCAGAACCAGACUUUGUCCGAGGUGACACCUAUGACAAACCUUGCAACCCUAUGGCAGGUGCACAGGGGCAAGAUUCCCCAGACACAUUGUUAAAGUACAUUGUGUAA